AUGUUAUGUCGUAUUUUUAAAUGUAAUUGUAUCUGUGAUAAUAAAGACAGGUGUGUUAGCUCUAUGCAUCCAUCGCUGUGACGUCAGUGGUUAAACGUCGUGGUCUCGUGCCCGUACCCCUCCUCACCAUGACAACGCCAGAUUCUUUUUUUUUUUUAGCAUCGUCAGAGAACAAACCGUUACCUGCUGAGCGCCUCUCGUGAUUUAUUAUGUAAAAAACACCGUGUUUCCCGUCACUAUCACGCAGAUAUAUUUCAUGUAGGGACGUUAUCUUUGCUGUGAGGACGCUCAUGCGUCGGAGACUCGCCGGAGAGGCAGAGGGAGACGCCGUUUAGCUGCGUGAACAACAUGGCUCUUCCUCAGCAUCCUCGGCGGCUGCUGCUCGCCUCUGCCGUGUUGUUGUUGUUGUUGAUGAUCCAACAUGUCGACUCUCGCUCUUCGCCCAUAUCGGAUUUAAAGUCUAAAAUAUCAGGCGUAGAGGAGCUCCUGGAGGAAUUCCGCAAGCAGCUCCAGCAGGACCAGGCGUACAAGGUAGGGGAUGUGAUUGACUCCUGCGUGGACGACUUCAACCCCCUCGGGGAGCGCAUCAUCCGGACUCAGGCCUCCAUCGAGCAGGGAGCCACCUUCUUGUUAGUCCCGGAGCGGGUGUACACCUGGAAGGACUGUUUGCACGCCUGCUGCUCCCACCCUCACUGCACCGUGGCGGUGGUCCGAGAGGACCCGAGGCAGCCCGGGGACAGUCUCAGCUGUUACCUGUUCAACUGCACCUACAGGAAUAAAAAUGUCUGCUCCUUCGCGCCGCAGCAAGCCUUCACCACAUACACCCGGAGCAGCAACACCACGCAGGGACACCUCCCUGCUUCACCCGGCGGCUCGGCCAGGAGGCCCGGGGAAGGACGAGCUGAGGAGGCUGACACACAAGAGGUGGACGAGCCUCCACGCAGCGAUGCUGGACAGGAUGUGGUGAUCCAGCUGCCCACAGACUGGGCCGUCCUGGAUGGACGGGACAGCGUGGACGACCACAGGAUCACCCACUAUGAAUGGACCCUUGUCAAGGGGGACACAGCCAUCAAUAUGAAGGCAACUCAUCCGGGACUGCUAAAGAUCAGCGGCCUCCAGGAGGGUGUCUACACCUUUCAGAUGACUGUCACUGACACAGCAGGCCAGAAGAGCUCCGACAACGUCUCCGUCACUGUUCUGGCACCAAAACACCAAGCAGAAGUAUGUACAGGUCACUGUUCAAACUACCAGUUCAAGUGUGAUGACGGUUGCUGUAUUGACAUCACAUACGCCUGUGAUGGGAAACAACACUGUCCAGAUCGGUCUGAUGAAGACUUCUGCCCAAACUUUGACAGCAGCAGGAAGUCAGUGACCCACCCUGCUGAUCUGCCAAAUGCACGUCGGCCUGUAGCCCAAACAGAGGAUGCUGGAGAUGACUCCAUGCUCCAGACCGUGCCGAGAAAGACCACAGAGAACAUCGUACCACCUAAAGACAGCAGCAAGGUCACUCCUCCACAAAGCCCCAGUCAGCAGGACGCUCCAGUCAGUCAAGAUCCGUGUGCUGCAGCUCCAGUUGUCGGACCCUGUAAAGGCACCUUCCCACGCUGGUACUACGACCAGAGUGCGGGAGAAUGCAAGCACUUCCUGUAUGGCGGUUGCCAGGGCAACCAUAACAACUUCCUCCAGGAGUCUGACUGUGUCAGUGAAUGUAUACAAAAAAGUCCAGCCUUCAAACCAGCAACCGUGGCUCCUCCAGUCACCAAACAGACUGAGAUAGCUGCCCCUAAAGUGUCCCAGAGCCAAACAGAGAGUGACGUCCCCAUCUCCAAACCAUUUCCAGUAAUGGGAGGACAUCCAGUACCAGAGUCAGGUGCAAUCCUUCCGCUGGUUCUCGGCCUGAUCAUAACCGCCCUCCUGCUGCUCAUGAUCAGCUGUCGACUCAGACUUGUGCGUCACAAGCUGAAGAAAGCCAGACCACUCACCACGGAGGAGUCCGAUUACCUCAUCAAUGGCAUGUACCUGUAGCCAAUCAGCCGGGAAACACAAGAGCCCCACCUAUCUGAGAAAGAGAGACUUGUGUGUUGUCACCAGACCUAAGCCAGGACCUUUUCAAUUGUCACUCUGUAUUUCUUGAAGCCCCAGUUUCUGCAGUUUCUAAUUUGUCCUCACUCCAACUCUCUGCCGUCAUGUUUCCGAACGUGCUCACACUGACUGGUAGAUGCUGCCUUCAAAGCCAAUGAUACAUAUUAAGAUGCUUGUGAAUUCAUAUUUACGUUGUUUUAAUAAAACCUGAUUGUGAAUCCA